CGAUAUGAAUAACACAGAGGUGAGGUGGAGUAAUACCUGAGUUCAGCUUCUAAAUAGGGUACAACAGCGUUGAACAACAGUAACGUAAUUUUCUAAUUCUAUCAGUUCUAGAAAAGCGACAGGAAUUCAUUUGGAUAGUUAAAUAAGCACAGUGGGUCGCUAAUAUUUAGUUUACAUACGCUUUUCCCCAUUCUUACGCACGUUGUUUUGUGAUGAAAGAAACUUCGUCAUGUUGUCAUAUUUUCUUCGAUGAUAAAGCUUAUCACGUUUGAAGGCAGUAUUUUUCAUCAAUGAAACUGGAUAUACCGGCUCAAGGGAAGUGUCACGAAGCUGACUGUGCUUCAGUCGCACUUUAAUCGACCUAAACCCACUCGGAUACCUUUAUUUAUUUAUAUUACCCAUGGAGUCUGUUGGGAAGUUUGAGUUCAACAGGAAACACUUGAUUGGGCACGGUGCCUUUGCAGUUGUGUUCAAAGGCAGACACAAAGAGAAACGUGACUGGGAAGUAGCUGUGAAGUGUAUCAGCAAGAAAAACUUGGCCAAAUCACAGUCUCUGCUUAGUAAAGAAAUCAAAAUAUUAAAGGAACUCCAACAUGAGAAUAUUGUUAGGCUACUCGACUAUCAGGAAAUAGGAGGGUGUAUCUAUCUUGUCAUGGAGUACUGCAAUGGAGGCGACCUGGCAGAGUACCUUCACUCUAAGGGGACGUUAAGUGAGGACACCAUCCGUGUAUUCCUCCAGCAGAUUGCUCAGGCCAUGAAGGUCCUUCGAGGAAAAGACAUUCUCCACAGAGACCUCAAGCCCCAGAACAUCUUGCUCUGCCACCCAGAGGGAUGCAGGUCCAGUUCCAUCAAUACCUGCAUUAAGAUAGCUGACUUUGGGUUUGCACGUCAUCUCCAAGCAAACACUAUGGCGGCUACGCUGUGUGGUUCUCCCAUGUACAUGGCUCCUGAGGUCAUCAUGUCCCAGAACUAUGAUGCCAAGGCUGAUCUGUGGAGCAUAGGCACUAUUGCGUACCAGUGUCUGACUGGAAAGGCACCAUUUCACGCCAGCACACCGCAGGAGCUCCGUCUGUUUUAUGAAACAAACAGGACCCUGCUACCCAGCAUCCCAAAGGAGACUUCUAGUUGCCUAAGACAUUUACUGUUGGGGCUGCUGCAGAGAAACCACAAAGAACGGAUGAGCUUUGAUGAGUUUUUUCAUCAUCCUUUCUUGGAGAUGAGUUGUCCACAGAGUUCAUCCACAAAGACAUGCCCUCCGGUGCCUGUCAUCUCCUACCCUUGUUCAGGUUCAGGCAGUUCCUCUAGCAGCUCCUCCAAGUCCCAUCUGACUUUCACUCAACCUUCUGAUGGAGAGAUGCCCCGACUCCAGCCUAAAAUGCAGUACUCCCCUAUCCAGGACACCCAUAGCUUCCUACUGAAAGAAAUGGCCAGUCAAGACAGAAGUAACCCCUCAUCUUACACAGAGGACUAUGUCAUUGUGCCUGCACAGUUUCCCAGUAAGAGCUGUGAAUACACUUGUGAAGUGGAUGUUGGGUCACCAAUUGAAAGCUGCCUGAUCUACAGUGGGAGCUCGCUAACAGGUCCCGGGCCUAUAGGAAAAACACCUCCACCCUCUCCCCUCCUAUGCCCUCCCUCCAGGCCUGUUAGCAAACCUGUUGAAUUCACUGACCAUAACCGCAGCCACUCGGUGCCCAUUCCUGUCCCAUCUCAGAUCCAAAACUACCACCGUCUGGAACAGAACCUGCAACCUUUUGGCUUGCAUGGCUCCACCAGCUGUGAAACCUCCCAACAGUGUAGAGCUCCAGCUCCAGGAUUGGUCUUCAUCUCCCCAAGGCUGGCAGCUGGAGGAGCCCAACCACAACAGUCCUCUCCGCUAGUGGGAACUACCCCAAAGGCCUCAGAGCAGACUUUCCCCCUCAGCACAAGAACUGGGCUUUCCAGUGGCUCCCCUGACAUGCAGGACACCUCCAGCCCCAAGCCCGUCCAAUCCAGUAUGCCAAGAAUGAAGACAGUACCGGACCUGCAGUGCCUGGACCGAUCUCCUACUUCCCACACUACCCUCAGCAAGAAAGCAUCCAAUACAAAGGGACCAUUUAAAAGAUCGCUGAGCACAGGCAGGCUGUCUGACAUGAUACUGAAGGCGGCUUUUGGAGCUCACAUUUUGGAAGAGGGAUGUGACGAGAGCAUUGACUGUGAGAAAAGCAUGGAUAUAACAGCUCCACCUACUGGUUGUCGUAGAGGCUCUCAGUGCUCUUACAGUCCACAUCCUGCAUUCUUCAUAAUGGGUUCUCCAACCAAAGGAAACACUCCUCCUGAUAACAUGCUAUCAAGGAAGUUCUCAGGCUCCCCCAGCUCCAUUAACUCAGCUUGGCUACCUAACAGUCACGUUCUUCAGAUAGGUAGCCGUAGAAACAGUGAGACUGACGUCAUGGAUGCUGCUCCUCACAACAUUCUGAUCUUUCACCCUCCAGAGCUCUCUGAAGAUACACUGAUGGAGCAGGCUCACACGGAUGCUCUGAAUGACCUGCGCUUCACCUUGGCUUUUGUCAGCUGUGUCAUGGAAUUGGCCUCUUCUAAGGAUCCAGUUCUGGAUACCAUCAGCAGUGCUGAUGUUUCCUUUCUCGAGCAGAGCGUGGUGAAAGAUCAGAUCAGUGUUCUGAGGAGAGAAUGGAGCUUGGCAGAGCAGUUAAUUUUGUAUAUGAAGGCUGAAGAGUUUCUGUCAUCAGCACUUCACACUGCUAAAGAGAAUAUCAAGCAAGGCCAACUCCUUCCCUCUGCGACAGUGAAACAAGUGAUCAAGAAACUGAAUGACUUGUACAAGAACUGCGUAACAUACUGUCGCUCCCUCAGUGAUCAGCUACAGACCUUCCUGCUUGACAAACAGAAGCUUAUGGAUCACUUCAAUGGACUCACAGCAGAGAAGCUUAUCUACAGCCACACGGUACAGAUGGUGCAGUCUGCUGCUUUAGAUGAGAUGUUCCACUAUGGCACACCAUCAGUCCAGCGUUAUUAUAAAGCCCUGUUGCUGAUGGAAGGUCUGUCCCGAAUCAUCACAGAACAAAAAGACAUUGACAACAUUGCUAAAUGUAAGCAGUGUAUUGAACGACGCCUUUCUGCUCUGCAGACUUAAUGGUAUCCAUUAUUUCUACAGUUAUACCCACAGCAAUUGUAUUAUAUUGUCUCAGUCAUCUACUCUCAAUGUAGAUGGAUCCUCCUAAAUUAUUACACACAGGCACUUUGAUCUUUCUUAAGGGAAAUGACCACUGGAGCAUCUGCUCUUAUCCCACCAGCCAGUCUGUUAUAACAGUUACAUAAAUGCACAGAAAAUACUGCAAGUCCUUUUUUUGGAAACAUUCUUGAAUACAGAUUGUGCUAUGAUUGGAAAAAUAUUUUGAUCAGGUAAACUGUUCUUAGUAUUUGUUUUGUGUUCUUAUAGAUUGUGUGUGUCAGUAUGUUAUUUUGUGUUUUGCACAUAGAAUAAUAAGAUGAAUUAUUAGCUGAUUUUAAAUGUGUUCUACUUGAAACAAGGAUUAUUUAAUAUCGUUGUUUUCUAUAUUUGAAGUAUUUGUGUUGUGUGCACAGUAAAUCACCAGCCAACAGGAGUCAAAUUUUUGGAUGAUAUGACCAAAUAUUGCCAAUGUAUAGUAGUAGUAUAUAUAUAUAGUACAGUACUACUAUAUAAAUGUUUUGUACAUUUUUAAAUCGUAGCAGAAUAUGUAAAUGUAAUGAUGUUUGACCUCAUACAGAAUUGUCUUACAGUAAUAUAGAUCUACAUCACAGACUGCAAUAUUGUAUUGUGAUUUAAAUGAGAUUUUAAUUUGAUUCAGUGAUGCCUGUUCUUAGUUGGCAAUGUACUCUGUGAUGAGGCACUAAGUUAUGUUUACUGCAUACUAUGUUGCUUAUGCUUAGCUGCUGUAUGUGUGCACAUUAGUUUUUCAGUUUACAGUUGUGGUUGUUUUGGCAUCAGUUUGUAUUAAUGUAAAACAAUUGUGUUUGUUCCUGAAUUAAUUUGUGCAAGAAUUUUGUCUGAGAGCACACUAGUUUAUCACAAUUACAUGCUGUAUGUUUUUUUGUGAAAAUGUUACAUUUUAUCAAAUUUCCUUUUCUACUUUUAUUUUAA